AUGGUAGCCAACACUCCACAGUCAGUUCAGUGGUUGCAGCCAACUAUUCCAUUCCAGCAAAGCUACCCUUAUUCCUACUAUCAGAUACAACAGCAAUCGAUACAAAAUCAACAAGAAAAGAAGGAAACGACUGAAGACUCAAAAGAGGUUGUAAAUGCAACAGAAAUCACAGAUGAAGGGUCCGAACUUGUACCAACAGAUGAAUUAGUCAUAUCAGAGGAGUGGAUGGAUGUAGUAGAGCGAGGAUACAGGAAGAUGAUUGCUAAAAUGAAAAAGAAUAAAAGGAGAUAA